AUGUCAUACUCAUGGGUCGGAGCACCAGCGGUGUUCAAUGGCACCAACGACGAGACUGGUGGUGAUUCUGUCACCGAAAACUUGAACCAAUGGUACCAAUCCGGCGACCAGGCGUUUAUAAUUGUUGCGUCUUGUAUGGUCCUGAUUAUGAUUCCGGGUAUCGCCUUUCUCUACUCUGGACUGUCUCGAAGAAAGUCGGCUUUAUCUCUGAUCUGGGUGUCCAUGAUGUCCUUCAGCGUCAUCGUCUUCCAAUGGUACUUCUGGGGUUACUCUCUGGCAUUCAGCAGCACCGCCACCAACGGCUUCAUUGGUGACUUGCACCACUUUGGAUUGAUGAACACGCUCGCCGUGCCGUCCCCCGGCUCCCCCUUGAUUCCCGAGUUGCUCUACUCGUUCUACCAGAUGCAAUUCUGCGCCGUGACUGCAGCCCUCGUCGUUGGUGCCACUGCCGAGCGAGGCCGAGUCCUGCCAGCCAUGGUCUUUACUUUCUUCUGGGCGACAAUCGUUUACUGUCCGGUAGCAUGCUGGGUGUGGAACGUCAACGGCUGGGCUUACAACUAUGGUGUGCUCGACUACGCUGGUGGCGGUCCCGUCGAGAUUGGCUCGGGUAUGUCUGCUUUGGCCUAUAGUUGGGUACUUGGCCGACGUCACGAGAAGAUGAUGCUCAACUUCCGACCUCACAACGUCUCGCUCAUCACUCUGGGAACGAUCCUCCUCUGGUUCGGAUGGCUCGGGUUCAACGGUGGAUCUGCCUUUGGUGCCAACCUCCGUGCUACCAUGGCCUGCUGGAACUCGUGCCUGACGGCCAUGUUCGCUGCCAUGACUUGGUGUCUGCUCGAUUUCCGCCUUGCUAAGAAGUGGUCCAUGGUCGGUUGGUGCUCCGGUGUCAUUUCUGGUCUUGUCGCUGCUACUCCCGCUUCGGGUUUCAUUCCUCCUUGGGCCUCCAUUGUGCUUGGCGUUGUUACUGGCAUCUGCUGCAACUUUGGCACCAAGAUCAAGUUCCUUGUCAAGAUCGACGACUCUCUCGAUGUGUUUGCUGAGCACGGUAUCGGUGGUAUUGUCGGUCUCAUCUUCAACGCCCUUUUCGGUGCCGACUACAUCAUUGGCCUCGACGGCGUUAACAAUGGUGUCAUUAAUGGUGGCUGGAUCAACCACAACUGGAAGCAACUGUACAUUCAGAUUGCCUACAUUGUCGCCUGCUGCGCCUACACCUUUGUCCUCUCGGCCAUUCUCGCCAAGAUUAUCGACCUGAUUCCCGGUCUGCACCUGCGGGCCAGCGAGGAGGCCGAGCUUCUCGGUAUGGAUGACGACCAGCUUGGCGAGUUUGCCUACGAUUACGUUGAGGUUCGUCGUGACUUCUUGGCCUGGACACCGGCCAAGGAGGAGCCCUCGGGUGAUGGUACCAGGAUCGUGCCGCAGCAUGGAAUUGAGGAGCACCAGAACCUUGCCAACACGAACGGACACGUGCUUGAGUCAGAGAAUGAGAAGUUUGGUGCCUCGGCAAGAGAUCCGGCCAGGGCAAAGGCUGCUGAGCAGGCUGCCGAGAAAGAUGUUGAGAGGACGUCCAGCGCCGAUGGUCGGCAAUGA